AUGAACCAGUGGUUUGACUCCCCUGCCAAUCCCAACGGUCAUGCUGGCAUCGGAACAUAUCCUGAUGCUUCGAUGUCGUUCGUGCAACCCGCUCAGACAAUAAAUCCUGCGCAAUUCCAGAAUCCGGCAUACCUCAACGGCGAUGGUCGAACCGCUUCCCCAGGUUUUCACAACCCUGGAUAUCAGACGAAUCCCAUAAUACCAUCAAAACGAGCAAGAGAAGAGAGCAUAAGCGCAUCACCACGUCAAGCACCUGGAGGACUGCCUGGCUCUAGAUCCCAAACACCAGGUCAAGGCUUGUACCCUGGAUACAAUCAGGCGAAUGGCGGUGGAUCGAUACCAAACGCGCCGACUCCGUUCCAGCACUUGCAAACUUCAAACAAUCCCUCGCCGUCGCCAACGAUACCACAGAUGAAUUUUAAUCAGGGCGGGCCGGCUCAGCGGUCGACUGUGUCGCCGUCGCCCUUUUCUCCACAACAGCCGGGUCCGCAUCCUUCACCAGGCCCAUCCGACCAUGCAAGCCGAGGAGGCACGCCGCACGACAAUGCGCAAAAUUUUAUGCAGAACCCGGCUUUCGGCGCCGGCUUUGCGCAACAGCAGCUUAACCCGGGAAUGGCGAACGGCAUGAAUCCGAUGAUGAUGAAUGCGCAGAUGAUGGCACAACAGAAUAUGAGCAUGAAUCCGGCGCAACGGAAUUAUCACAUGCAACUCCAAGCGCAAGCCCGUCAGCUCUCGCAGGCACGUCAACAACAAGGGAUGCAAGCCAUGGCGUCUCAGCAAGUUCCCGAUGCGAUGGCACAGAUGCAGCAAGGCAUGGUCCAGCAAAAACCCAAGAAUCCGGAGGAGUUCACGCGUAACUUGCAGGCCUAUAUGGCUGCGCGUGGCAGGUCGGUAAACUUGACGCCAACGAUCUGCGGACGGCCGAUCAUGCUAGUACAGCUCUACGCCGCUGUCGUGAAGAAUGGUGGAUCACAGAGGAUAGCGAAACUAGGGCAAUGGAUGGUAGUCGCCGCACAACUGGGUUUCCCGCCGCAACAGCAACAGCAAGCUGCUCAAGAGCUACACAACUAUUGGAUAAGCAACUUCCUGAAUCUAUACGAGAAUGCCUGGCAAAUGCAGCAGCAAAAACAGAGAAUGGCUCAGGCACAGAUGCAAGGUCAAGCAGGAGCACAGAUGUCUCCUACCAGGGACCAGCAUGCUGUUCAAGACCCUUCACAACCUGGUCAUCAACGGCAACAGUCGGACAUGAUGAAUCCCAAACUCGCCAACCAGCUACAGAAUGGAUUCAUGCCGUCGACACCUCAAGUUCAGGCUACCCCUCAGCAUCGAUCGAGUCUGUCGAGACAAUUUGAUCCUUCACAGGUCCCGAAUGCUUCGCCACAAAGAGCUCAGCAAGGAGAGGUAGCGGUGAAGGCCGAGCCAGAAGGAAACAUGCCACCCAAAAAGCCAAUAGUUGAUCCUUUCGUGCCGGAAGUGUUACCAGCGAGCAAGUACCAUGGGCCCAUCAACAUCGAAGAGAUUUCCACGUUAGGUCAAGGAAUAUCGGAUCUGAAACCGACAGCGCCAGCUUUCCGCGAGCUGGGCGUGAUCGAUAUUCAUGCCCUGACGAUGGCCAUCAAAUCCGGAAUGCAUGCCGAGACCCGAGUUGCUCUGGACACGCUUGUAACGUUAUCGACAGAACCACAGCUUCAGCUGUCUCUGACCGAAUGCGACGAUCUGAUGGACACACUCGUCGAUUGUGCGCAAGAUCAGGUCGACUUUCUGUCUGAGCAUUCGCCUGAAGUCUCGGACGAGAUGUCGUUGAUACCUUACGAGGAUCUGGUACGCGGGUGCAGAGCCGAUAUCGAGCAGCUGCAGGACGUACCAGAAUUUGGAACCGUCGAAUACGAUCUGGAUCGUGCAGCCGACCGCCUCAUCUGUAUAACAACACUUAUUCGCAACUUCUCAUUCUCCGAGGCUAACUUCAUCGUGCUCGGCCAACCCGAGAUUUUAAAAAUGAUCAGCACGGUCAUCCGGUUUCUUGGCACAAGGGAGAACAUCCUCCGAAACAGUCGCAACACACUCGAUUUCAUGAAGGACGUGGUGAUUUACCUCAGCAAUCUCUCAACGUCAGUCAAUAUACCCGGCAAGGAAGAAGCGCUUUGCCUGCUUCAUUUCCUGCUCGCCUUCGCACCAUGUCCAGCACCAAUCGUCGCAUCAACCGGCCGAGUCUGCUUCACAAGCUACAACCCAAACAUCCACAAAUACAUGCCCUCGGCAAUCGACAGCCUGGCUAAGCUCCUAGCUCGAGACGAACCGAAUCGGACGUACUACAAAGCCAUCUUCGCCGCCGACGCAGGCUCAUCCCCACCCUACGAACUCCUCACCCGAACCUUCGGCCUCGCCAUCGCCGCCGUUCCCGGUAGCGCGAGAGACACCCGUGCCCUAAUCGAAGCCCGCAAACCAUUUCUCUUACAGGGCAUGCUGGCCGCCGAAAUCGUCGCGGGCCUUGCACCUACCUCCGAGAACCCCCUCGCACGGUCCUGGCUCGAAUCAGAGGACGGCUUCGCCAUCAACCUCUUGCGGCUCGUCAUGUCCCUCAGCGCAGACAAAUCGACGCAAAUGGCCAGCAACCAUCUCCAUCAUCCUCCCCCACAAAUGCCUCAUGGACGGCAUCAACGUCCACCGGAGCCCGACGCGAACGCGUACGGCGCGAUAACAGCACGAGCAGUGGCGGUGUUGAAAGCGCUGGUGCAGAAGAGUCGGACCUUUGAUCCUGAGGGUGGUGCGGUGGCGGUGCCUGCUGGAGUGAUGCCACGAAAAGAAAAGAUGCUGGGAGCGAUGGUGGAGAAGGACAUCGACCAGGGGAUCUUGAGAUUGUUGUGUGUUUAUGCUGGUCUUGAGGACUAG